AUGGCCUCGACACAGAAAUUAUUGGUGGUGGCCAUCGACUUCGGGACGACAUAUUCCGGCUAUGCCUUCUCCUUCUACAAUGAGUACAAACUGAACAAGAAUGCAGUGCACACCACUCUUUGGCAGGCGGGAGAAGGACUAGAAAAGUCUACUAAGGCACCAACUUGUAUACUGUUUGACUCCAGGCAGCGGUUUCAUUCCUUCGGAUACAAUGCUGAAAACACUUACUCCAGGCUUUCGGAUGAAGCGCAAAAACAAUGCUUCUUUUUCAAAAGAUUCAAAAUGAGCCUUUUCAAAAACGAGAAUCUGAAUGAAAGGACCAUGAUAAAAGAUGUAUCUGGAAAAGAUAUGCUGGCAAUGAACGUAUUUUCAGCCGGGAUCAAGUACCUUCGGGACCACUUCCAUGAACUGUUGCAGGAAAGGUUUAGCUCUGUAUUAACAGAAGAUAUACAUUGGGUCCUAACAGUGCCCGCUAUCUGGAAUGAAGCUGCAAAACAGUUCAUGAGAAAGGCUGCUCUCAGUGCUGAGAUAACUGAAGCUCGCCUCACGUUGGCGCUGGAACCAGAAGCUGCUGCGUUGUAUUGUAAAUCCAACAUUCACCAGCUGGGAAAGUUCGACAAAGGCAAUACUUUCAUGAUUGUCGAUGCUGGAGGAGGUACUGUAGACGUGACUGUGCACAAGGUUCAUCUUUCUGGUGUGCUUAAGGAAAUCCAUUCACCAUCCGGAGGGCCGUGGGGAGGGACAAAAGUAGACGAUGCAUUCCAGACAUUUCUUUUGAAGGUCUUUGGAGUCGGUGCAAUCAGGAGAAUGUCAAAAACCGAAACUCUGGAGAUAGAGAGGGAAUUUGAAAUUUUCAAACGAUCUUUCGAUCCAAGCGCAACAAUGUCGUCUGUAAAUAUCCGGAUUCCAUAUUGUUUGAGAGAAUGUCUAGACGAAUCCAAAGCACGUUCGCAGUCUAUCAGGAUACGGGGAGACAAAAUGAUUGUCCCACACCAUACUGUGAAGACCUUCUUUCAACAACCAGUCCAAAAGAUAGUAACACACAUCAGGGAACUGAUAAAUAAACCAGGUGUGUCGUCUACCAAAGAUAUUUACUUGGUAGGAGGUUUUUCAGAAAACAAGCUUCUGCAGAAGGAAAUAGCACAACAAUUUCCAUACAUUCAUAUACACACACCGACGGAGGCAAACUCGGCUGUGAUCAAAGGAGCUGUCAUCUUUGGUCACGAUCCAGACAUCAUUGGGUGGAGAAUUUCGCCAUACACAUAUGGCAUAGGGAGUUGUUGUACAUUUGACCACCAUAAACAUCCAAGGUAUAAACUACGAAUACUCGAUGGGGAAGAAUACUGUUCAGACAUCUUCACAAAGUUUAUAACCAUUGGCACAACCAUGAAGAAUGGUCGGGCAACGCCCUAUCAACGUUUCUGUCCAGUUUCACGUAACCAAACGGUCAUGUCCAUCGAAGUUGUAACAUCACCCUCCGAAGAUCCAACUUACACCACAGAAUUAGGAUGUCAAGUCCUUGGGACCAUAAAGGUAAGGAUUCCUGACCUUACGGGUGGAACACACAGAGAGGUCAAAGUCCGCAUGAUAAUGGGAGGUACGGAAUUACAGGUGGAGGCAGAGGAUGGGAACACUGGAGCGACAUAUGCUGCCAAAUUUGAUUGUCUUUAAACAGUGCUAAACUGUUUAAACCAUUUCCAAAAAAUGUUAUGGAAA